AUGUUUAGAUCACUAAUAUCAAAACGAAGUCUAUCUUCACUUCCAGUAAACAAAACAUUAGAAGUCUUAAAAGCAACAAACGCAAAUUUCGAAGGUUUAUUUUCAAACAAAGCUCUUACACAAUUAUGGUUUAAUCAAGGUCAACAAUUAAUACAAGAUUUAAAUCAAUAUAUUUCACAAUCUUCUAUACAAAAAGAUGGAGAAGAAUUAAAUUUAAAAGAAAUAAUCAAAUUAAGUAUAAAUAAAUCUGAAUUAUAUCAUAUAAAUAAAAAUGCUUCUAAAUUAUAUAAUUUAAUUCAAUUUUUCGAAAAUAUAAGACCAUCAAAUAUACCAAUAGAAAUCAAUAAACCAACACAAUCAGACUUAUUAAAAACUCCCACAUCUCAAUACGGAAACAUCCCUACUGAUGAAAACUUAUUAGAUUGGAUAAAUCAAUCAUUUGGAUCAUUAACUGAAUUUCGUAAUUUAUUUUUAAAUAUUGGUUUAUCAAUAAAAGGUGAUGGUAAUGUAUGGUUAGUUGCAGAAUCAACAAUGUCACAAUUUCAAAAACAUUUGGGGUUGGGAAAUUCAUUUGCUCAAAAACCAAGUUAUCAUAAUUUAUCAGUUUUAGCUACUUAUAAUGGUGGAAUAAUUGAUGAUUCUGAAAGAUCAGGACAAAUUAAAAGAUUAAAAUCAUUACUUGAUGAAGAAAAAAAUGAAGAAGAGCUAAAACAAAAUCCACUAAAAUUAGGAUCGAUUGAAGAUUCUGAAUUUGAAAAUUCUUAUUUAAAUAAAAAUUUAAUACCUGUUUUAUGUAUUGAUGUAUCACCAAAAAAUUAUUUAUUAGAUUAUGGAGUUUUUGGUAAACGAAAAUAUUUAGAAAAUUGUUGGGAAUGUAUUGAUUGGGAUAUUGUUUUAAAUAGAUUACCUCCUAGAUCUAAACAAGCCAUAACUGUAUAA